AUGAUUGAAGGACAUCCUUCAGUACCUAUUGCUAGUAAUGGAGCUACUGUGAGUAAUACACAGCAAGAAAUUAAGUUUAGCACAAAAAAAGAUGAAGCAGAAGUGUCAUAUUCAUUAACAGAACUCAACAAAACUUUUACUAGUUUAAUGACAAAGGUACGAAGAGCGUUUGAUAAGAAAGUAGCCUCAGACCCUGAGCUACUCAUUGAUUUGACAAGAUGGAUUGAAACUUACAUGAACUGGACUGACAAGCUAACAAAUGCAUCAUUAAAUGAAACUUUCAAUACUAUUCAUCCAUAUUAUGAUUUUAUUGACUGCUGCUUAAUAGUAGAUUUGAGUGAAGAGUUUCUGAAUGGUGUCACUUUUGGUGAUGGAGAAAAGCUGAAUAUUGUAAGUGAACUACAAAAUCAUAAGAGAAAUGCAGACACAUUUCGAUCUUCAAGCAAGACAGCACUAAUAUUAGCUUGCGAAAGAGCACAUGAAGACGUUGUACACAGUUUACUGUCUGCUGGAGCUAAUGCUAAUAUUCAGGACAAUAAAGGAUGGACUGCACCAAUGUUAGCUGGUGAAAGAGGACAUGAGAACAUUGUACACAGUUUACUGUGUGCUGGAGCUAAUGUUAACAUUCAAGACAAUAAAGGACGGACUGCAUUAAUAUUUGCUUACGAAUCAAAUGCUGUAAUGAUUGCUAGUUAUUAUGGUAACUAUGAGGUUGUUGAGCUAUUGAUUAGUAAAGGAGUUGAUUACAAAUAUCAAAGAAAAGAUGGAAUGAAUGCUUUUAUGUUUGCUUGUCAAAAUGGUCACACUCGAAUAAUCGAACUGUUGAUGAAGAAACAAGUUGAUCCUAAUGAACAAGUUGAUCCUAAUAUUCAAAAGAAAAAUGGUUGGAAUGCUUUGAUGUUGGCUUGUAAAAAUGGUCAUACUCAAAUAGUCAAACUUUUGCUGAAGGAACAAGUUGAUCCUAAUGUUCAACAAAACAAAUGGGAAGCUGAUCCAACUAUUAAAUCUAAUAAAGGCAACACUGCAUUAAAGUUUGCAAAAACGAUUGAAAUAUCAAUAUUACUAAAUAGUUAUAUAAGAGAACACAAUAGAGAGCAACAAGAUGAUACUUCUAGUGAAUACUCACAUACCACUGGAUAUAAUACAGCUCCAUCAGAUACUUGUAGUGUUAGAAGUGUUCCUUCUUCCUUAAGUUUAGAUUCAUUCAGUGAUAUUAGUAGUGAUGAGUGUGAUGUUUAA